GGUAUUUGCGGAUGCUCGAUCUAGCAGAGAGCCCGGUGGAUGCUGAGCUUCUUCUAAAAGCGAAGGAGCGGCAAGCUGCCUAUGAUAUGUGGCAUGCUGAACGAGAUCCGGCUUUGGUGCUGUUUCGGAAGAUGUUCGGCAAGGAAUGGACUGAGGGCUUUUCUCGCAGCAUCCUCUUUCCGGGCUCGGCGCAACCGGCGCAACGGGGACAACCGGCUACUGAGACCUUGGAGGCGGCAGGUGUUGAAAUACAACUGGUGGAAAAAGAAGCUGCGAGGUGUUCAGAUGCUGCAAAUUAAUCAUAAAACUUGUGUGAGGUGUUGGAGAUUGAAUCCACAGAAAGCCUUAAUUCACCUUUUUUUGGUGCAUGUUUUUCAAACGACGCCUUACGACCCAUUCUGUUUGCAUCUGCAGGCAGGCGCAAUUCUUCCAUCUGGUUACUGA